CCCCACAUCAAGACCAUGAACGAGACGCUGCACCACCACUUCACCUCCAGGCUCCCGGAGCAGGGCCCCCCGACCCUCGACAACGGCACGCUGAACGGGUCAUUGGGCGACGGGAACGCCACGGGCAUCGCGCAGAUCAUGAUCCCGCAGGAGCUCUUCCUCAUGCUGGGCCUCAUCAGCCUGGUGGAGAACAUCCUGGUGGUGGCGGCCAUCGUGAAGAACAGAAACCUGCACUCGCCCAUGUACUACUUCAUCUGCUGCCUGGCCGUGUCCGACAUGCUGGUGAGCGUGAGCAACGUGGUGGAGACCAUGUUCAUGCUGCUGACCGAGCACGGCGUGCUCGCGGUCACCGCGAGCAUGCUACGUCACCUGGACAACGUAAUCGAUGUCAUGAUCUGCAGCUCCGUGGUGUCCUCGCUCUCCUUCCUGUGCACGAUCGCCGCCGACCGCUACAUCACCAUCUUCUACGCGCUGCGCUACCACAGCAUCAUGACCACGCGGCGCGCGGUGGCCGUCAUCGCACUCGUGUGGCUCGCGAGCAUCACGUCGAGCUCGCUCUUCAUCGUCUACCACACGGACGACGCCGUGGUCGCGUGCCUCGUCACCUUCUUCGGCCUCGCGCUCGUCUUUACCGCCGCGCUCUACCUGCACAUGUUCGUGCUGGCGCGCGUGCACUCGCGCCGCAUCCGCGCGCUCCACAAGAGCCGGCGGGCGGCGGCGACGAGCAUGAAGGGCGCCGUUACGCUGACCAUCCUGCUCGGGGUUUUCGUCGUGUGCUGGGGGCCCUUCUUCCUCCACCUCAUCCUCAUCCUCACGUGCCCCACCAACCCGUACUGCAAAUGCUACUUCAGCCACUUCAACCUCUUCCUCAUCCUCAUCAUCUGCAACUCGCUCAUAGACCCCCUCAUUUACGCCUAUCGGAGUCAGGAGCUGAGGAAAACGCUUAAGGAGCUCGUCCUCUGCUCCUGGUGCUUCGUUAUGUGAACUGUCUUUAAAUUCACGGACACUCGCUGGACGAAGCAGGACAGGAUGCGCGAGAUUGUUCACAUUCAAGCUGGCCAGUGUGGCAAUCAGAUUGGAGCCAAGUUCUGGGAGGUGAUCAGUGAUGAGCAUGGCAUCGACCCAACUGGAAACUACGUGGGUGACUCAGACCUGCAGCUGGAGAGGAUCAGUGUCUAUUACAAUGAGGCUUCCUCUUCCAAGUAUGUUCCCAGAGCCAUCCUAGUGGAUCUGGAGCCAGGCACCAUGGAUAGUGUUCGAUCUGGGGCAUUUGGUCAUCUCUUCAGACCUGAUAACUUCAUUUUUGGUCAGAGUGGAGCAGGUAACAACUGGGCUAAAGGCCAUUAUACCGAGGGAGCCGAGCUAGUAGACUCAGUGUUGGAUGUGGUGAGGAAAGAGUGUGAGAACUGUGACUGCCUGCAGGGCUUCCAGCUCACCCACUCUCUGGGAGGAGGCACAGGGUCUGGCAUGGGCACCCUGCUCAUCAGCAAAGUGAGGGAGGAGUACCCUGAUCGAAUCAUGAACACCUUCAGUGUGGUGCCUUCCCCUAAAGUAUCGGACACAGUGGUAGAGCCCUACAAUGCCACUCUGUCCAUCCAUCAGCUUGUGGAGAACACUGAUGAAACCUACUGCAUCGACAAUGAAGCUCUCUACGAUAUCUGCUUCCGCACCCUCAAACUGGCCACGCCCACCUAUGGUGACCUCAACCACCUUGUUUCGGCCACAAUGAGUGGGGUCACAACCUCCCUGCGAUUCCCAGGGCAGCUGAACGCUGACCUCCGAAAGCUAGCAGUCAAUAUGGUCCCCUUCCCUCGUCUGCACUUCUUCAUGCCUGGUUUUGCUCCUCUAACAGCACGAGGCAGUCAGCAGUACCGCGCCCUCACAGUACCCGAGCUCACCCAGCAGAUGUUCGAUGCCAAGAACAUGAUGGCUGCCUGCGACCCACGCCAUGGCCGCUACCUCACUGUGGCAACAGUGUUCCGAGGCCGCAUGUCCAUGAAGGAAGUGGAUGAGCAGAUGCUGGCCAUCCAGAGCAAGAACAGCAGCUACUUUGUUGAAUGGAUCCCCAACAAUGUGAAGGUGGCUGUGUGCGACAUACCUCCAAGGGGGCUCAAGAUGUCCUCCACUUUCAUUGGCAACAGCACGGCCAUACAGGAACUCUUCAAGCGCAUCUCCGAGCAGUUCACUGCCAUGUUCAGGCGUAAGGCUUUCCUGCACUGGUACACUGGCGAAGGCAUGGACGAGAUGGAGUUCACAGAGGCUGAGAGCAACAUGAACGACCUGGUGUCUGAGUACCAGCAGUACCAGGAUGCCACAGCUGAAGAAGAGGGAGAGAUGUAUGAGGAUGAUGAUGAGGAGUCUGAAGCCCAGGUCCAAAAGUGAAGAAACAAUCCAGAAGUAGCAAAAUCCACCCCCAUAUACACCAACUGCUCUACAGCCCGAACAAGUGUGCUGCUGGCUAAAGUAUCUCAAUCUAAUCUCUCACUGGUAGUUUAACCUUCAUAUUAACCAUUAGUGCCAGUUCAAAAAACAGUAGUUCCCUUUACUGUGCAAUAACAGCUUCUUUAUUACACUGUAUUUGUUGUUGACAAAACUGUCCACUGACCAAACUUAAAUAAAGAAAUGUUUCAAGUGAA